AUGGAGAAAUUAUAAGAAUGUGCAAAUUUCUUUAAUUUUAGUGAUGCAAUCCAUGAUGUAUCCAUCAAACCAUAAAUAUUGAAAAAUUUAGAUUAAAUUAGAUAUUUAAGUUGGAUUGGUUAACAUGGGGAGAAUUAAAAAAAAGUUGGAAAAUGGUCUGCUUAUUGGAAUGGUAUUUUGAUGGUUAAUUUUGGUGGAGAGUACACUGAGGAAGGUAAAAAAAUUGGUUAGUGGAAAGAGAUUAUGGAUAAUUUUUAAAAGUAGUCAUAAAAACAAUUAUUAAUCUUAUUAGAAAUGCUUAAGUUUAUCAAAUAGGAGAAUAUUUUAAUGACAAGAAAAGAGGAAUAUGGAGAUAUAUCUAUAAUGAAAUAGAAAUGUAUCCAAAAAUUAAAUAUUUGAUAGAGGGGGAGGGUAUUAUGAUUUAUAAGGAUUUAAACAUGGCUUAUGGAUAGAUUUGAGUGAUAAUUUUUGCAAGCAACAAUUUAUAUAUAAAUUUUUCUAAUUUUAGGGAUAGUUAAGUAACCUACAAAGGAGCAUAUCAUUAUGGUAAAAAGGUUGGAAAUUGGGAAAUCAGUUAUAAGAAUUAAUCAGUGUAAAUUAAGUAUAAGUAAUUAUUAGUGGUGGUGGAUAUUUUAAUCUUUUAGGUUAGAAAAAUGGUAAAUGGAUUGAUUUGUGUUAAUGGUUUUCUGUGUAAAUAAUGAGUUAUCUAUUUAGUUAUAUGUAAAUCACAUAUGUAGGUGAAUAUAUAAAUGGUAAAAAAUGUGGGUUAUGGGAUUUUUUUGAAUAGAAUAUAUUUAUGUAAACAUCAAAAUAAUAUUUUCUAUUAGUGGAGGUGGGUUGUAUGAUGCAAAUGGCUUAAAACAUAGAAAAUGGAUAGAUUUGAGUGAUAAUUUUAAGGAGUAAUAUUAAUUUAAUAUUAGUUACAUUCAUAUUGUAUAUAUUGGAGAAUACAUAAAUGGAAAAAAGUGUGGUAUGUGGGAAACACUUUUCAGAUAUGACAAAGAAAACAAUUUUGAAAAAAUGUAAAAUAACAAUAUUUUUUUAUACUAUUUAAGUUGUUCUGGAUAAUUUAAUGAUUAAGGUUAGAAGAAUGGGAAAUGGGUAGAGUUAAGUGAUAAUUUUGAUUAGUAAUUAGAUUCUAAUUUAAAUUUAGUACUUGUCAAGUUAUUUAUAAAGGAUAAUAUCAAAAUGGUAUAUAAAUUGAUAGAUGGGAUUCUAUGUAUAGGCUAGAUGAUGACAGAGGCUUUAUUUAUAUGUAUACUAUAUAAAUGAUAAAUAAUAUAGUGGCGAAGGUUUCUUUGAUGAUAAAGGCUAAAAGUAUGGGAAGUGGAUAGAAUUAUGGGAUAAUUUUAAAGAGUAAAGAGUUAGUUAAUCGUAAUUUAAGUGAAAGUUAGGUUAUUUUUAAAGGAGAAUAUAAUAAUAAUAAAAAGUUUGGUCAUUGGUAAACUAUGUUUAGAUAUUCCUGUAACAAUAGUUUUGAAAUAAUGUAAUAAAUUUAUUCAGAUAAUAAUAUAUGAAAUAGUGGUGGGGGUCAUUAUAAUAAUGAUGGAUUAAAAUAGGGAAGAUGGAUAGAUUUGAGUGAAUGUUUUUCUUUGUAAGUUUCUAAAGAUUUUUAAUUUAUUAGGGAUUAUUAAGUAAUUAGACAAGGAGAAUAUAAAUUAGGUAAAAAAUGCAAUUAUUGGGUUGAAAUGAAAAGAGAAAGGGAGAAGAAAAAUGAUGGAUUUUAAAUGAUGGAUAGCAAAAAUUAAUAAAUUUAUAAUGAUUAGAAUUAUUGA